AUGACGAUUCUCGGACUUGAUCCCACACAAUACCCAAAGCACCCCGCUCACUUCGACAUCGAGAAUGUCAUCCGGCCCAACAUCCUUACUCUGCACCCAUACCGGUGCGCUCGAGACGACUAUUCAGAGGGGAUCCUUCUGGACGCCAACGAGAAUGCCCUUGGGCACUCUAUCCCCCGUAUAAACGGAAACGGGUCCGCGAAGCAAGCGGCCGCGCCGGACCUCGAGCCCGAGCUGCAGGCAACGCUCGAUCUCGACCUGCACCGGUACCCGUCCCCGCGGAACGACCCCAUCCGCGAGCGGCUUGCGGCCAUGCGCGGCCUGCCUGGCCCGGACUACGUCUUCCUGGGCGUCGGUUCGGACGAGGUGAUCGACCUCCUCAUGCGCGUCUGCGUCGCGCCGGGGCGCGAGAAGAUCCUGACGACCCCGCCGACGUACGGGAUGUACGCGGUGUGCGCGCAGGUGAACGAUGUGGGCGUGGUGAAGGUCCCGCUCGAGCUUGGGAACGAGGGCGGCGAGGGCGGCGAGAAGGGCCGGUUCUCGCUGAAGGUCGAGGAGCGUAGCGCGCUGCUCUCGGCGCUCGAGAAACUGCAGCCACUCGGGAUCGGGCCCGCGGUUGGCGGCAAUCACGCAAACUUCGUGAUGAUCCCUGUGCUGGAAAAGAAUGGGAACGGGCGGCCGGACAAUGUGCGGGCGCAGCGGAUAUACAAGACGCUUGCCGAAGAGGAGGGUGUUGUGGUCCGAUACCGCGGGAGCGAACCCGGGUGUGCUGGGUGUCUCCGGAUUACGGUGGGCAGCGAGGAGGAGAACACCGUCGUACUGAAGAGGUUCGAGGAGUUGCUACGCAAAUUGUGA